AUGGACGGCGAGGCUCAACAGCUACGAAAGCUGCAGCUGGAAGAAUUCCGGCGCAAGAAACGAAAAGACGAAGAACAAUCAAAGCAGCUGGAAGCAGAGACAUAUGGUCCUCCAUUCAUAGUUGAAAGACCUAAAGAUACUCCCAAAGCAAUCCACAUCAUAUUCGAAAAGGAUCUCGAUCAAGAAGCCCCUCCUCCCACCAGAGAAGCAAGACAAUCCAUGUCCUCGACUCGUCGUCCUGCUUCACUCGCAAACACACAAAGAUCCAAAUCAUUGGCUCCUUCAGAUGCUGCAACCACCAUCAAAUCAUUCAAUGAACGAACAAGUGCUGCCUUAUCUGCUUCCUCAGCAAAACCAUCUACAGUCCCAAAGCCAAAACCUCAACUACAAUCACAGGUCAUAUAUGCUCCUUCAGCCAAAGCUGAGCAACAUCAGUAUAUGAAUGCAGAAUCUAUUGCUGCCAAUCUACCUACUAAGGGACUGAUUGGCGCUGCUAUGCGUAACGCCAUGAUGCAGAGUAAUGGUAGAGCUGUUGGUGGAAUGGUUGGUGUAGCAUCUGAACCACCUGCUAUGAUGGGUACGCCUGAGCGUCCCCCUAUUAUGGUUACCCCUGAACGAUCAGUUAUGAUGCAGCAACAACAACGAGUCAUGUCCAGUCCCGCUCGAGUAUUGUCGAGUCCUGCACGAAGUCUAGGAAGUCCAUUACGUGUGGCUGGUAGUGACAAACGUGGUGGCGUGUUUUCUUCUGGUACCGAGAGAUUGCCAAUGACACCUUCACGACGUGCAUUCGCCAAAACCUUUAUUGGAUCUCCAGCCAUACGAACUCCCAAACAGCAGGCUAUAGUUCCAUCACCUGUCGCUCCUCCCAAUAUGUCCUCCCUCGAUGAUCAUGUAGAGAAGAGAAUGGAUGUUGAGAAGAAGCUUGCUGAUGAAGCUCAAUUCUUGGCAGCACAAAUUCGUGAUUCACCUUGGGUCUUUUAUAUCAACCAACCUCUCUUGUUGCGCGUCGUCGACCCAGUUGGAGAUGUUAUAAAGGAAGAAAUGGUUUCCUUUCCACCAUUGGAUUUGUUGUCUAUGAAAGAUGCUCAAGGUGUCGCAGAGGCCGGAAAUCAUGACCUUGCUCGUGCAAUAUAUAGAAUAGUGGCUACAGUAUGCAGUGUCCCAAGUGUGUACUAUUCUCAAACUGGCCAUGUAUAUAUCAAAGACUCGACUGCAUUGAAGGCUGGGUUGUGGUUGCGUUGGGCUAAAAUGGAAGAAGACUUUGGCGAUCAUGCUGAGGCUCUGAAAGUCUAUGAAGAAGCUGAGGCUGUGGGAGCCGAGCCUGUUGACUUGAUUAAGACAGAAUUUAAACGCUUUUUGUCGAGGCUCUAUGAAGAUGUCACAGGAUCCAACCGAGAAUCACGUCUUCCAACAGUCUCGUCGACUGCUUCGUCGCCAUUGGUUGCACCUACAUCGAGCAUGCUCCUAGACCAUGAAACCCCCACACCGACUUUCAAUCGAACGUCAAAUAAUAGAUGUGUAGCGCCAUCACCAACAGAUUCAGAUACUACACCACCUCCUUCUUCUCGAUACUUAACUAGUCAUAUGAACGAUGAAGAUGACGACGUCGCCAUAAUUCUAACACCGGCUCAAGGAAAAGGAAGAGUGACACCACAUCCAGGUCGUCGUAGUAAUGUAGUUAAAGAGAUUGUUGGCAUGUUGGGUGGCUUGAAGUUGGCAUCCAUGAACGAUUCUCUCCAAGAAAGCAAGUCUCCUAGAACUCCCGGUGGUCGACGAAUGUCUCUUGUUGAAUUUGAGUUGGGAUUGCGUGUUGCUAAUCCUGUAGAACAGGUCGAUAAAGAUGAUGGUGCGGCCGAGAAUGGUGGUAGUAGUGAAAUUGAUGAUAACAUGGUGGAGGACAACAUGAUUGAUGACAGGAGGGACGAUGAUGAUGACAAGGUGGAUAAUUUCAUGAUGGAAAGCAACAUAAUGGAGGACGUAACAGCAAAUGAGGACGGUGACGCUGAGGAUGAAGAUGACGAUGCCAUGGCCGAUUCACCUACACCAUUGCAAAAAUUAAGACCAAAAUCAACCGGUAAAGGCAAAGUAGUAGAUAAACCACCACACGAAAUAGUAAUCAAAGAAUCGGCAAUCAAGAUCGCAUCACCACCAGCUCCUCCUACUGGCAAAAAAGCUAGUGCUAUGCGACGUGAGAAACGUCAAACAGUACGAUUCGAAUCUCCAGCCCAAAAGGGUCAGCAAUCUGCUUCUGCUCCCGAUACACCAGGAGCUACUGUGACUGUUUUGACGCCAGUGAGGAGCAAACGCAAAGACCGUGAAUCACUUGGCCUUCCGCCACAUGUCAUCACACCAGUACGUAGGUCCAUUAGGAAUAUGGAGGCUGAUGAAGAUUCUCCCAUCAUUGACGAAGAUGGUGAGAAUGAAGAUCCAAAUGCUGAAAUCAAGAAUCUGUUGGAACAGCAUGGAUUUGCGUUUGUGCCAAACAAGGCUAUUGAUUUGUCGAUUGUCAAGAAUGAACGUUUCCCUGCUCACAAGGCACCAAAGAAAGAAGAAAGUAGUGCAGCUAGUACUCCUACCACUACUCUACACUCCUCACGCCGUAAAAGUACUGCAAGUGGACAUUACUGA